GGUCCGGGAGAGCAUGGCCGCAGGAGCCACAGCGCUGCUGACUUGGUUUGGUUCUUCCAGAUUGGUAACACCGCUUCUCGUGCGCUCUCGGUUAUGUGGCGGAGCCGCUCGUCAUUUAACCUGGACGUCGUGUGCGUGUACGCGCUGCGGAGAGGUUUGAUCAAGUGCGUGCGUUGUUAUUCGGCAGGGCAGCAGCGGGUUCAGACGGAGCCGAAGCUGCGGGUUUGACUCUUCUUCUUUUCGGCUCCUUGGUGAUCCACGCUGAUCAGGAGCGGAGAGCCCGAGCGCGCGGGGACUGUUUCUCUGCUCUCUUCAUCUCUGUGUUGUGGAACAUUUAUUUCUCUGAUUUCUCUGCCUCCUCUUCUGGGAAAUUCAGUUGCGAGUUGGAGAAACUGUUCGCUGCGCGGAGCAGAGUUGAGCCGGAGGGAGACUGUUCGUGGUGCGGGCAGAAUAAUUGUGGAUUUUCACUGUCUGUUCACUAGUUUCAGAAGAACUGUCUCUAUUAAAGCGCGUGAAGAGUGAACGAUCUGAGUGUGAAAACGCGGGCUGAGCAAGAAAACGCUGUUUUAAAAGAAGAGAAUUUAGUUUUUUUUUAUUAUUAUAAACAGUGAGGAAGGAGAUACAUCUGUGCCGGGACUAAGUGGACUCUCAUCCCCUCACAUCACAGCAUUUCACCACCACCAUCCAUUAGAACCUUUAAAACCCGAAGCGGGAGGGACUGUAAUCGAUUUGGCUUCAUCGGAGUUCCAGAGCAAAUAUGCCGCAGGUGGAAAUGAUCCUCUUCCUCAUCCUCAUCAUUGGGAUGUGUGUGUACGGCCAGGACCCGGCUUCCAAGGUGGUGUCCGACCGCUACGCCGUCUACUGGAACCGGACCAACCCCAAGUUUUAUCGGGGUGACUACCACAUCGACGUCUGCAUCAACGACUAUCUCGAUGUCUACUGUCCACACUACACAGGCCCGGUGUCCGACGAGCGGGCCGAGCGCUACAUCCUCUACAUGGUGAACUACGAUGGCUACAGCUCCUGCGACCACACUGCUAAGGGCUUCAAACGCUGGGAGUGCAACAGGCCUCUGUCGCCGAACGGACCGCUCAAGUUCUCGGAGAAGUUCCAGCUCUUCACUCCCUUCUCCUUAGGCUUCGAGUUUCGCCCCGGCAGAGAGUAUUAUUAUAUCUCCUCCAUCACUGACGACAAGGGAAGACGGAGCUGCCUUCGACUCAAAGUCUUCGUCAGGCCACAAAACAAUUGUGUGAAAAACACCGGGAGCGUGCAGGAAGGGGUCGAUUUUGAGGACAACAAUCACAACUCCCUAGAACCCAGAGACGGCAUCAGUCACGAGUCUCCGGAACCGUCUCGAAGGGAUGUGAAUUCUGUCGGCCGGUGCCAGACUUCAGUCGUCCUGCUCAGCUCCGCCCUCAUACUCCUGGCUGCCAUCUUGUCUUUAUAGCGCCUAGUGUGAGGAAUCUCUUGCAGGAAUGGACUGUCCUGAUUGGACCACAGGCCUGCCCUACCCUACAACCCCUCCCCUGAAGGAGCACUUUUUAAAAAAAACAAAAAAAAAAAACACUGACAAUCUCUCUCAGAGAGAAGAGAGAGGAAAGGACUUCGACGCCGAAGCCUUUGAUGUUUUUUUUUUUUUUUUGACUUUGGAAAAUGCCAACUAGUGUGAUUCUUGACUUUCCGGUGGGUGCUGAUGGUCGAGCCCCCACCCCGAGGUGAAAGAGUCUCUUUACCUGUUCGCCUCGCUGCUGUUCACAGUAUGCAGAUGUUACACAUUUAUUUGUGUUUGAGCGAAGCACGCAUACAUGCUUUUAAACAUAUACACACAUUUGAACGCAAACUACACAAUCAGUACACUCUUUAGCUUGAAUGGCAAAGAAGCACAGCAGGAUCCCUCUGAAGUUUACAGACUCUUAACAUCGUUGUGUUCAGGAACAUCACGUAAACACCCCCGACAUGUAACAUGAUUAAAUCUCACGUCCAAGUGGAAAAAGGUUUCAAAGAAGAUCUGGGAGCAACACAUCACAUAGCGGGCCAACGGAAGGGAAAACAAGGGGGAUGUUGUUGCUAGGAGACUGUUGCCGAGGGCAAGUGGAGUUACAGGACAGGCCUUUGAUGACUUAACCUUCCUCUCAGGUUAAAAAGGAUGCAUCGUCUCAGACUGUGGAGGACCCUUGUUGAGAGUAAAGAAAAAAAGAAAAGAAAGAAAGAAAAUUUUAAAGAAGCACUCAUCUUUUAGUGUUUGGAUAGAGGCGAGUUAAUGAUUGAAUAAUGUAUUUGUUUUUUUGUUUUUUUAAUAAAUCACGUAAUUCAAUUGUAGCAGACAACACGAGUGUACAGUAAAAUAUUUGAGCGAAGCAUUAGAAGUCAAUAUGGUAUUUUGCCAGGCAAAAUGUAUUUUCCUAUUUAUUGUGAAGUCCUCGUGCUUUUAUUCUGUUCUGGUUUAGUCUGUAAGUACAGUAGAAAGGCAAUAAAAAACAAAGUACACUUCCCAUUCAAGUUAGUUCAUAUUACUCACAGUUCAGUUGAAACAAUCAUAUAUGAUACAAAAACACUGCGUACAGUUUAUGUAUCUGUUUGGAUCGAUUGCUGAUGACGGUUUUUUUAAUUAUCCAGGAAGAAAAAAAAAAAAGUCUGAUGUGCUAUCAGGGUGUAGAAAUCAUAGAAUAUUUGUGUCUCGAAUUUUUGUCAUUAACGAAUGUCACAAUUGUAGUUUUACUAUUACACUAUUGCUUUUGUGAAUCACUGUCAUAACACAACUAUUGUAUAUAGAGGCAAAUUUCCUACAAAAGUUCAGGGAUGCGUCCAUGCUUAACAUGAGGUAAGAAAUGAUUUUAGUCUUUUUUUUUUUUUUCUGAUGGAGGGGGGUUUACUCCUCCUCGAAUAAAGCAGCACAAGUUUUCUGUGGCUAAAGAUGUUUCUGAGAGACAGUGACUGAGUUACAGAGCAGGUGGUAGCGGUGUGUGUGUGUGGGUCUGGGGUUGCAUUCUUUGAUGUUGUGUAAAGUGCCGUCUGUACAGAAAAUACACCAGGGGCACCCUCGCGCCGGUUAUUUCUGGAAUGAAAAAUCGACCACCAGGCGAGAUGGAAUAAACAGAGCGAGGUGUCCUGUUCUCUCCAGGCCAAACUGAAACUCUACCACCAGUGGACCUGAGAGGGGGGGAAAGGAGUGAGAUGUGAAGCUUCGUAGUGCUCCUGCUGAGAUCAAUACUCCUGUUCUUCUUCUGCUUUGUUUUAUUAUUUUUUUUUAAAACAGAUACGUGCGGUAAACAUAUCCUAUCCACACGUCAGCUUCAGCAGCACUGUUACCUUCACGUGCGCUCACUGCCAAACGAAAACCACAGCCCUGCUAGAUUUACAGAGCCCCUGCAGUACCUGCUCAUCUGGUACAGUGCAAAGGAGUAUGGGGCCACUUUAGGGGGAAAAAUAAGAUCAGACUGAGAUUAAAAUAAUCAUUUUAAUAUAAAAGCCAUAAUGAGAAGAGUCAUAAUGAUGAGAAUAAAGUCAGAAUUUUGAAAAGUAGGUCAUAUUAGAAGGAUAAAGUUGAACUUUAGAGAAUAAAAUAAGGCUAUUAUGAGAGUAAAUCAGAAGUUUAGAAGAAAAAGCUUUAUGGGAGUAAAUUCAUCAUUUUACAACAAUGAUAAUAAUAAUAAUAAUAAUGACAACACAAGAAUAAAAUUGUAAUUUUAGAAAAAAUCAAAAUAUAAUAAGUAUAAAGUUACAUUAUUAUUAAAGUCAAAUUGUAAUUUUAUUCAUAAUAUAUGAGAAACAGUUACUAUUAUAAGAAUAAAAUGUAAUUUUCUUAGCAAGCAUCAGAUUUUUAUUUCCCUUGACAGUGGCCCUAACACUCUGUGAGACUGCUUGGUGUCAGCGAGGUCAAGCCCAAACUGUUGAACAUAUGAUGUCAUAGCGAUGUCAUUAGGGUCAUUUUUUUCCCAAACUUUAGAAAAUUACUUUUUAAGAAAUGGAAGUUACUGAGUUAAAUUGGUGCAGUGCCCCUUUAAAUAAAUACUUCACCCUCUCAGUUUGCAAAUGACAGAAUUCUGUUGAUAUUUAUGUUUAUUUGAAAGUUGCAGCAUUAAUACAAUACUCUCCAAGUCAUUUCUUGGAUUCGUGAAUUCUUUUGAACUACUGAAUUUUACAAGAUAAUCUCACACUGUUUGAUUUCUGUCUGUUUCACACACAAAAACCUAAAGAACAUUCUCAUAUCUCAGAAUGAAAUCUAUUAAAAUGUCAUUAAAUAUCAGCUGAGCGUGCGACAUAACAUUACAAUAUGUGAAAGUCAUCCCGUAAAUUUCUCAGUUAAAGACCAGUGAAUGGAAGUGAAUAAGUACAUUCAGCAUGUUGAUGAUCAGGGAAUCAUUUUUAAUUUGAGGGCACUAAUUACUUUUCCUCCUGACACCUUUCAGCCUCCACAUACGUAGUUUGGUCGACAAUUAAAGUCCACUGUCACUGAACUCUUUGCCUCUAGCCAUGCCACAAUGAGAAAAACCAAUCAGUUAGUUUUGUGGAUACUGUGUAUCCAACAAUUAGCCUGUUGUAACAUACAGUGUUAGAUACUUUCUCUUUUUUUCACACCUCUUUUAAAGGGCGAUUUAACUGACACAUUAAUGUUCUUAGCAAGAAAAAAAAGUCAAUGUUUGUAAUAAAAAAAAAUGCUUUAUUUCAUUUUAUAUGUCUUUUAUAUGAAAUAGAAAAAAAACAGGAUCAACAUUGUACAUGUGUUUGUGCAAACAUGGCACAUAUCAAACAUGCAGUGUGGUCGCGUUACAAUCAUGAAUCAAAGGGCCUGAAGAAAGAACAGAUGGAUCUCCAAGAACCUGAAAACAUCCGUUUUCUCUCCCUUUUUUUUUUUUUUUUUUUUAAGGAAAAAAUAAACUGCUUUUGUUCAUUGUAAUGUUGCAUCCAAAGUGUCUUCAAGGUGCAGUAUGAUCUUUGUUUCCAUUUGUGGUCUCUCGAUAAUCUUCACCUCCGGCUGUUGCGGUUGAGGUUGCUGUGACGAUGUUUGCGGGAUCCGGGAGAUGCGAUUGACUUUUUCUUGGUGUAGAUGCUCGAUGUGUUCGUUUGUGGCGGCAGGAGAAAGUCUGUUUUUUCCCACAUCAAAUUUUGAUGUUUCAUGUUUUUUCGAACAAACUGUGCUACAAGGAGGGCAGUGUACUGUGCUCUGAGGACUUCUUCUUCACCUGAUUUUGGUACCAUGUAGCCUGAAGCUAACACCACUGUGUCCCUGGCUUGCAGCGUCUGUUCUCCAUCCUCUGUAUUUAAAAAGAAAAAAAAAAAAAAAAAAAAAAAAGGAUGUGUGCUUUUGUCAGUGCAUCUAGCAUUGGGAAUGUUUUGUUACUUUAGCCACAACUGUGUGUUUUUUUUUUUUUUCCCCAAACAUGACAUGGAUGUGCCACAAAACUGCACAUUUCUUUUAGCAUUGUAGUAACUGUACCUUGUGCCUAUAUGAGCGCCAUCCUCUCCUGUACUCAUCUAAACUGUUCUAAUGUCUGUUUCCUGCUCAGCCCCUCACUAGACUUUUCUACAAAAAGGCCAUUUCUUUGUAAAUACACGUGUUGGAGCAGCUAUGACUAACUAAAACAAACAACAAAAAAAGAUUUAAUAAAUAUUCCUUUGUCGUUGUAA